CCGCACAGCAGCCAGCGGCUGAACGCAGCGCAGAAUCGGCGGCACUCGGCUACACCCCCGCUAUGGGCCGGAGCCCCCGCGCUGAUAGGCUGACACCUAGGGCUUUGCCGAGCAGCCAAUCAGAGGCCGAAUCCAAUUCAGACCAAUAAAGAACGGCUGUGGAGGAAGGAUGAUGCGUGGUCGCGUUCUGACGAAUGACAGAAGGCAAAAGGAAUGCUGCUCAUUUGCAUAGGGGCGGUAUAAAUAAAUGGCCCGCGGGCGCUUCCCCCUACGUUCGUUCUCCUGUAGUCAGCUGAGUGCAAGCCGCUCUCUGAGACAGUCCUGUCGCCAGCAAUGCCCGAGCCGGCCAAGUCUGCGCCCGCGCCCAAGAAGGGCUCCAAGAAAGCCGUCACCAAGACGCAGAAGAAGGGCGACAAGAAGCGCAAGAAGAGCCGCAAGGAGAGCUACUCGAUCUACGUGUACAAGGUGCUGAAGCAGGUGCACCCCGACACGGGCAUCUCGUCCAAGGCCAUGGGCAUCAUGAACUCCUUCGUCAACGACAUCUUCGAGCGCAUCGCCGGCGAGGCGUCGCGCCUGGCGCACUACAACAAGCGCUCGACCAUCACCUCGCGGGAGAUCCAGACGGCCGUGCGGCUGCUGCUGCCCGGCGAGCUGGCCAAGCACGCCGUCUCCGAGGGCACCAAGGCGGUCACCAAGUACACCAGCUCCAAGUAGAGCGCCGCGGAUCCUGUUUUUAACCCAAAGGCUCUUUUCAGAGCCAC